ACGUCUACGCGGCUCUCAGCCAAUCGUCUUCUUCCAUACACGGAAGUCCGAGCGAAGAGGGAAGUUCGGUUUGUGUACAAAUCACAUCGAGCUCCUUGUUUUCUUGUGUGAAGACACGAAGACCGAUCGGAUGUAGCGGACUCCUCCGGUGUGGAGGCUGCAGUCUGACGUCUUGUCCACAUGAUCUAUCUUUGCACCUGAGUAAAUUCACCUGGACAAGAGGCCCAAUGUCUCUGCUGCAACCAGCCGUCCAGCUCCAACACACGACAGAGCCGUCUCCGAGUGCCCAGGAGGAGAUGCAGUUUUGGAUGGACAAAGUGGUUGCUUGGGGUCAGGCUGACAGUCCAGACACUCAGAGAGACACCAGUCUGCACUUGAGAAGAUUAAGCAGUUACCUCCAGCAACUGCUCACACAUAUCAACAAUGUGAGAUCCACAACAGAAACCAUGAAGCGGCUGCCCUUCCUGGGCCAGUUCCUUGGCCGACUGUGCUGGAACCCUCUCGUUACUGCUGAUGAUACGAGCAGAGGGCUGCUGUUCCAGUGUCUGUGGGGACUGUACUCAGAGGAUCCAAGCGAUGCUGUGGAAAGAAAAGCCAACCAGUGGAUACGGAAAGUGUUGUGUCAGCUUUCUACAGAAGAAGAUGGUGCUGCAGCGCAGAAAUUAAUGAAGCAUAUGGGUGUACCACCCAAAGAGUACCAUCUCAAAGUCCUGAGAAAGAUGGUGGCAGUGCUGCAGGAAAACAUUGGAAAGAGCUGUAGUUCUCUGGGCAACAUAAAUCAGAGGUGUUCAUGUGACAACAUCCUGGCUACAUCAGAGGCGUGUGUCCCUCUGGUCUCUUGUCCGGAGGCUGCUCCUCUCAUUGGUGCACUGUUACAGCGGCCAGUGACUUGUGUCAGAGCAGCGCUGAGUGAAGACUUCCUGGAUGCACUGAGCUCCGCCUUGUCCAGUCAGGUCUUGUCAUUGGAGGAUCAGGCUGUCGUCUCUCUGUGGUAUCACAGUCUGUCCAGCCUGGAAGAGGCCGUGCUCAGUCUGCUGGAGUCUGUUCUGAGCAACACGGAGUCAACGCCACAGAGGAUGGUGCAGCAACUGUCACAGUCUCUGCUGCCUAAAGCCUGUGCUCAGCACUGCUCGAUAUUUUUAGUUGUGAAUGACAUCUUCAGGUCGACGCUUAAACAGUCUGAAGGAAACAACUGUGUUAAUUCUCUCAUCCAAACAUUUACCAGAUGUUUUCUGAGGGAACUGAAACUGCUGCAGCCUCAGAAGUGUGUGUCUCUGAAGGCUUUCUUCCCACAGUCACCUCAGAGUGUGUUGGUCCCUCUGUUGACCCUGCCGUCAGAGAUGCCUCUGGAGGCUUGGAGACAUCACCUGAACUGGCUCAGCAGCUCAUUACAGAGGCUGACAGAGGAGGAAGAGGAGGGAGACGGCAGCAGCAGCACCAGGGGGCACCAGAAGGUGUUUGAGGCCUGGUUCCUGUUGGUUCAGUGUGCUCACUGGGUGCAGGUGAGCGUCCAACUUCUGGGGACAAGCGGGCUCGAGGACCGGGGCCCCCUCUUGUGGCUGCUGAACUUCUACCACCACCCCACCAACAGGGGGCACCUCAGAGAUCUACAGCUGGUACAGGCCAGAGAAGCGUGGGACCACCUCCACGCCCUCUUCUCUGUCUCCGCUCAUCCACCUCCUGUUGACCACCAGCAGCUGUUGGUCACUCUGCUGUCACCACGACCUCAGCGACCGUCACCGUCACUGAUCAUCAGCCUCUUAGUCAACUUUGCCGUUUUUUCCCAACAACCGCUGAGCAGCUCAUCACAGAUUUUACAGACGGUGGUGCGUCGGUCUGGUCUGGUUGAAGAAGCAGCGUGUGUUCUCCACUCACUGGAGCUGAGGCUAAAUGCAGGAAGCUGCUUAUCAAGCGACGCUAACAGAGUUCACCUCAGGAUCGAGGCACUUCAGAACACACUAACACAUAUGCAGGCAGCAUGAAGCCCCGCUGAGGGCCAAGCACACACUCACACACUCUGAAGGAGGUGAGAGCACGCACACACACAAACACACAGACACACACACACAUUAACACAAACAACCAUGCAGCAGCGAGUUCCUCCUCAGCUCAGGGUUUUUUCGGGGCACGUCGGCAGAAUGACAAAUAGCCACACUCUUGUGUAGAUUUACUUGGGACAAUGACAGGAAUGUGUCAAAACACAGCACAGCAAGGACGGAUUAUGUGGAGAGAGGCUGCAAUUAUAUGUGCACACACGCUCACACACACACACACACACACACUACAACUACAAGGCCCACAAGGACAUUUGAGGAGUGACAGAUCACACUGCAAAGAAGCAGCAGCGGGUACAGCGUGUCAGAGUCCUCCCACUCAUGUAAUUGUCUCACAAAAUGAAUCCUUCACGCCACACACACACACACACACACACACACANACACACACACACACACACACACACACACACACACACACACACACACACACACACAGGCAUUUGUCUGAAGGAAAAUGACACCAAAUGCCAUUUACCUUUGUGCUGAAAUGUGUUAAAUAUGAGACAUUAAAGUGCAGAGUACAUGAUAAACUGUUAAUUAGAAGUAAAGUGGCUUAUAUUUAUUUGUACAUUUUCUGCUGUUCAUUGUUGUUUUCUGUCUGUGGCAUUUACA